GAUUAACUAAAGGACAGGAUGACUAUAAAAUACAUAGAUGUCGACAGACCGUUACAGAUCACUGUAUCCAUUGGACAGGAAGACUGCCUGAAGUAAGGAAAAUGUCAAACUCUUACUAUCCUGCUUAUCAAAAGGGAGAUGUGGAAUUUGUCCGGACAGGAUACGGGAAAGAUGUGGUGAAGGUCCUCACGAUCAGGAGAGAGGGAAAGCGUCAUUACAUCAAAGAGUUUGAAGCAAACAUUCAGCUUACACUGAAGACCUUAAAGGAUUACAUGCAUGGAGACAAUUCUGAUAUUAUUCCGACGGACACAAUGAAAAAUACCAUUCACGCCUUGGCUAAGCUCAAAGGAAUUCGAACGAUUGAAGAAUUUGCCGUGGAUAUUUGUGAUCACUUCUUGACUUCUUUUCGACAUGUUAGACGGACAAUGGUCUACAUUCAGGAGGCACCUUGGAAGCGCCUGCAGAAAGACGGUGCAGGCCAUGCACACGCCUUUGUUCACACUCCUGAAGCAACACGUUUUUGUGAAGUUGAACAGAUUGAGAAUGAACCCCCCGUGAUUCAUUCUGGAUUGAAAGACAUGAAAGUCUUAAAAACAACACAGUCUGGCUUUGAGGGAUUCCGAAAAGAUCGAUUCACUACGCUGCCUGAAGUGAGGGACAGAGUGUUCUCCACCGUUGUGUUUGCUAAAUGGCGUUACAGUCGGCCCAGACAUGUCAACUUUGAUGCUGCCUGGAAUAGCGUGAAGGAUGCUAUCAUUGAGACAUUUGUUGGUCCCUAUGACUCUGGAAUAUACUCUCCGUCUGUCCAGAAGUCCCUCUAUGAUGCUCAGUGCCUCUGUUUGAGCAGAGUUCCAGAGAUGGAAGAGAUUGAAAUGGUCAUGCCUAAUAAACAUUACUUUACAAUUGAUAUGACGAAAUUUGGAAUUCAUGAAAAUAAUGAGGUUCUAUUGCCUUUGGAUAACCCCUCAGGAAAUAUUUCGGGCACUGUACGGAGGGGAUUCACAUCCAAACUGUAGCAGAAGACGGUGCAUGAGAAAGAAAGCAAAGAGAGGAGGAGAGAUUAAACAUUGAAGUGUCAUUGGUGACUCAAAUGCUCAAAUUUAAAAAGGAAAUGAACAAAUCCCACAUUGCCCAGUGCAACACAGAUUAAAUUAGAAGUUUGGUCACAGGUUAAGUGCCAAAUCUUUGCAAAUGUGUUUACCUUUAUAAAACCUGAGGGUAGAAUGUUAAGUCAACGUUUUAAUGUUGGAAUAAACACAAGGUCAGAAGUCACACGACAUCAGGUUAGAGUCCAAAGGUUUGUUUGAAAUCAUAAGCUUUCGGCGCACUGAAGUUUCACCUGAUGAAGGGGCAGUUCUCUGAAAGCUUGUGAUUUCAAAUAAACCUGUUGGAUGAUAACCCUAGUGUCGUGUGACUUCUGACCUUGUCCACCCCAGUCCAACACCAGCACCUCCACAUCAGGAAUAAACAGCUACUGGUACAGCAUUAGAUAGUCUAAUGAUGAAAUGUACUUGGAUGAGCACUUGAAAUGUCAGGACAUUCAGGGUCAGGAGCCAAGUGCUAGAAAAUGGGACAAUUCAGACUUGAUGGGCCGAAGGGCCUCUUCAGUGCUGUACGACUCUACAACAGACCAGCUCAUAUGUAUGGACUGUACCCUCCCACGGUUUUUCCAAAACACAUCUCCUACAAUAUUCGUCAAGGAACACCAAGCACAGGCAACCAGGCUUUAACCAACACCAUAUUAUUUAAAAAAACAUCAAUGUAACAUUUUUUUCUCUUAAGCAACACGUAUAAAUACUUUCAAUGUACAUCUGUAUGCAAAUUAAGAUGACCGAUUACAAUACAAUAAGUCAAUAAAAUCUGCAGUUAUUAUA